UGGUGGCUGUGGGAGACUGAGUCGCUUACUGUGUGUGCGUGUUGCUUCAUCUCAGCUGCCAGCCCUAAACCCACCCCUUAAUACUGCGCGACGGCUGUAUCGUGGUGUUCUAUCACCACACCACGCACAUGCUCGAAGUUUUCACGUGGUACAUGUGUCACAAGAAAUAAUCGAUGAAAUGAAUAAAUAUCGGAGGCGAGGUGGUAACAGGGAAUAAGUACAGGUGGUGGUGGUGGUAGUGCUGGUAAGCCGAGUAGUUCUUUUGUAUAGUGCGCCGCGCGGGAAAAUGCCUGGGCGGAGUAAGGUGUGGCGGCUGGCCAGCUUUGUGGACGAGAGGCGGAGCGAGGUGGAGUGCAGUCUGUGUCCCGUCAGGAUCAAGUACGUGGGUAACACCACCAAUAUUGCUCGGCACUUGGAGCUGAGGCACCCUGUGGAGUUUGCUGCUCUCGACCCCACCAAUUCCGGGGCUGGCAGAAGCUCAGGCCUUGGGCGCCAGCACUCGCACCGGCCCCACCAGCAGAAUCGGGAAGAGGCUGCCAUCUGUCGCAUCCUCGCCCAGCACCGCGAGGAACUCAAGAAGCAGAGGGGCAGCGAAGAGCCGCAGCCACCCACCCCUUCAUCCAGCCUUCUGCCCGCCCAGCGGUGGACGUGGCACACACCCGUCCAGGGACAGCAGCCCUUGGAGACUGGAACCUUCUAAGAAAAGACUGAACGGCUGGUUACUUUUAAUCAUAAUUCACCAUUAAAGUGACGAAAGCAAAGGAUAAAAAUGUUCUGCCG